GUAGUUACACAGCAUAGCCAUUUUUUGAGAUAAAAUAAAUUUGUUUCAAAACAUAUCAAAUCUGGGUAUCGAUGAUUGAUCUCAUUCUAAGAUAAAAUAGAAAGUUGCAAUUGCGUCUUGCAGCAUGAAACGAGCACUGAAACCAGGGGUCUACGCGCCUUUGCCUACGUUCUUCGAUGACCAUCAAGAACUUGACUAUGUCAGCUACAAGAAACACCUUCUCAAGCUAGCGACCAAGGGAAUGAUACCUGUAUGCGCGGGGUCUCUGGGAGAGGCAGUUCAUUUGAGCUUUGACGAAAGAACAGCCUUAAUCCGAUUCAUCAGGGCAACUCUAGAUGAAGCAGGUCUCAAAUUAACCCCUAUUGUGGCUGGUGUAGGAGGCUUAAGCACCCGAGAAACAAUUGCCUUAGCAAAAGCAGCAUCGGAUGCCGGGGCGGACGCUGGGAUGGUUAUCCUACCAGCAUAUUACGCCGCCAGCCUCAACACCGAUGCCAAUCAAGUUGUUCAAUAUUACGUCGAUAUCUGUGAAGCAUCACCAAUACCACUCUUGCUUUACAAUUUCCCAGCCAACGCUGGAGGACAAGAUAUGCCUUCUGCUGUGAUAAGUGAAAUAAUGGACCGGGCACCAAAUUUAUGCGGUGUCAAACUAACAUGUGGCGGAAGCAUCGGGAAACUCCUCCGUCUUAACGCUAGAAUAAAGGAAAGUCUAUCAGUAAAUAGCAGCCGACCUUUCCCUUUCUUGCUUUUAGAUGGCCUUAUCGCCGAUUUGACACCUUGGAUGCAGUGUGGUGGACAUGGGACAGUUAGCGGUAUUCCCAAUUUUGCACCGCUAGCAUCAAUGAGGCUAUGGAAUUUGCUCAAUACGUCAUCAUUGACUAAAGAAAAGUCAGAAGAGGCUUCGAAAUUACAGGCGAUUCUGUCCAAGGCAGAUGUCGCCGCAGUACCUGGUGGAAUUCGUGCAAUGAAAUACGCUUUAAAUAAAAUACAUGGAUAUGGAGUAGCACCACGAAGACCGUUGCUUCCUUUUAAUGAAACGGAUGGAGAUACGUUUAUGGAAACGCUUCGUGAACUGUUUGAGCUGGAGGCCGAGCUAGAAAAGAUGGAAAACAGAGAAAAGUGAAAAUGAAAACAUUCUAUAGUGACAUUCCACAAUUUAGAUCAAAAUAGAUAAAAUAUAUGAGUUUACAAA